AUGGCUGGUCCGGUAGUAGGAGAACACCGCCACUCUCUCUCAUCUCCUCCUCCGGUCUACUUAAGAUCCUCUCCGCCCGUCUCACAAUCCCGAUCAAAUCCAAAACGACCCAUGGGAUUGGGCGUUGUACGGAAGGCAUUACCUUCCUCUGCAUCGCAGUCAGGAAAUCUUCCCGUGGUAGGCAAUUCUCUCGUUUCGCCGCCAAAGAUCGAUGGUCCCUCCGAUUAUGAGAUACCACCGCUUCCCACAUCUGCCUUUUCACACAUGUCGCUUGAAGACCAAGCGCCGACGCCUCAACAAGCCUCCGAUGCUGGGUUUUCACAGCGCAAUGACUCUCACCGGGUUUCCGUCCCGUAUGUACAUACACCUGCUAACAGCGGCUCGUGGUCGGUCGGCGAUUCACAAGUGAAGGAUGAAUCAGGCCUUGGAAAGAAGAGGGACUCAUCAUCCGAGCGUGAUGCACAGAGUGGCAGUCACAAUAGCUCCUCUCGUGGGAGUCUAGAUAGCACAACUCACGGAUCGGAUGGUUACGAACCUCUGCAGUACCAUCACCAGCCCUACCGCAACUCCGAGGGCUUCCUAUCAGUAUCUGCAGCAACGCCUGCUAAUAAUUCCUCCGGCUACAGCCCUUAUCUUAGUCCACGAAGACCCGGUCAUUCUCCAUAUUCAUCUGGCUCGGAUCUUGGUCGUCAGGGGCGGAACUUUUCGCCCCAGGCAUCUCCGCGUCUGCAUGCUCGCUCGGCAUCUAGACAUUCUACCUCAUCUCCCGAUACUCGCCCUCUGUCCUUUGCCGAGCUCCUCAGUGCCCCGUAUCCUCAGCCCGGUCCCGCGCCGGUCCAAUUGGGCAAUGCCCAUCUUCGAUCAUCGGUUGGAACUAACGCAUCCUUGCUUAGCCAUAAGCAGACGUUUGACAUGUAUCUGGCCAAUGUGAAGAAAACAGAUGACCCCGCUGUCCAGUACGAGUUUGCGAUCUUCAUGCUCAAUGCGAUGUUGGAGAUGCCUGCUGAUGAGCUUGACAAAGGCAAGAGUACGUCAAGUGAGAAUCAGUCUGAGAUCACCCGAGCCGGUCUUUUGAGAGAAGCUAGAUCCAUUCUCCAGCGCCUUGCCGAUCGCAGCUAUCCUUUCGCGCAGUACUACCUGGGUGACGGCUAUGCUUCGGGGCUAUUCAGCAAGGGCAAAGAAGACUAUGAUCGAGCAUUUCCUCUCUUUGUCGCGGCAAGCAAACAUGGACAUAUCGAAGCGUGCUACAGAGCAGCUCUUUGCUAUGAGUUUGGUUGGGGAAACCGGGUUGAUGCUGCCAGAGCUGUGCAAUUCUACCGUCAAGCAGCAUCCAAGAACCAUCCAGGUGCCAUGAUGCGCAUGGCCAAGGCCUGUCUCUCAGGAGACAUGGGCCUGGGCAAGCGCUACCGGGAAGGCUUGAAAUGGAUGAAGCGCGCAACGGAAUCCUCUGAUAUGCAGUACAACUCGGCACCGUACGAACUAGGCUUGCUGCAUGAGGCGGGCUAUGGUGACGAUGUAUUUCCCGAUCCAUCUUAUGCAGCACAGCUGUUCACUAAGUCGGCCGAUUUGGGACACGACGAGGCCUGUUACCGCCUGGGAGACGCGUACGAACAUGGCAAGCUGAAUUGCCCGCGAGACCCUGCACUGAGCAUUCAUUUCUACACUGGCGCUGCACAGCGGGGACACCCAUUGGCCAUGAUGGCUCUGUGUGCGUGGUAUUUGGUAGGUGCUGAACCUAUUCUGGACAAGGACGAGAGUGAAGCAUAUGAAUGGGCCAAGCGUGCGGCAGAACUUGAACUGGCCAAGGCGCAGUACGCCGUUGGAUACUUCACCGAGAUGGGCAUUGGCUGUCGCCGUGAUCCCCUGGAAGCCAAUGUGUGGUAUGUCAAAGCAGCCGAUCAAGGCGAUGCGAGAGCGAUGCAUCGAAUUGCCGCGAUCCAGGCAGCCGCGGAUGGUGCCAACCCGGUCAUGGCUGCAGCGGGCGCUGUAAGUGAAGGGAAGAAACAAAAUCGCAAGUCAGGCAGCAAAUUCAAAAGGUUUAGCAUUUUCUAG